UCAAAUCCCUUAAGAUGGACAGAUUGGUCUCGUAUUCGCUUAUCUACUUCACUUUGUUGUGGCUGCUGGUUUCAGCUCAAACUGAGGAUUCCUCGGAUUCCACCUCAACGACAGUAAAACCUGAUCCCGUGGCUGGCUUCUUUUCAGAACUUGGCAGUCUUUUCUUGGAUAUCGAUGAAACAUUUAACAAACAGACGACUCCAAAAGUUAAUUUUGAAGAAACCUUAGUUCAACAGAUAAUUAAUGAAAAUCGGAGACGGAGGUCUGAGUACUUUAAUAGAAUACGGGAAAACUAUAGAAGUCUUCAAAAAAGGAUGAGCUCUGCGAUAACAGAAAGGCCCUUAGAUCUUCUUAAAUCUCCUGAGGUGUUUGGUUUGAAUGUUCAUAGUAAGGGGCCUAAAAGCUUUGUCGAUAUUUCUUUACCUUUUUUGCCCAUGAAAAUGUCAUUAAAAUCAGAAUUCCCACCUAAAAAGGAAAAGUCAAAAGAUGAAGAAACUUUAAGCUCUACAGAUGAAACACCUGCAAUUCCCGAAGCUAGAUCAAAAUCUGAUGACUUUGAAGGGAAGAUUGAAGUAAUGGAUACGAAUAUCAAAGUGGAAAAGAAAGGCGAUGAUACUACUGUAAAUGUAUCGCAAAAAAGAUUGCCUCUCGAAAGUUUAGGUAGUGCAAUUAAGCAUGUGGUUUUUCAAAUACCAAAGAACCAAGCUCAGGAACAGUUACAUAAGCUUGUCCCCACAGAAGAUGACCUCAGAAGAGCAAUGGAAAAAUUACUUAAUGACUCGAAACGUACUAAUGAACUUCUAAAUUCUUUAACGGACUCGAGCGAGACGCCACAACACUUGGCAUCUAGAUCAGGAAUAACUGCAACGGAAGAGUUCGAAAAUGAACCUAAAGGCAGGAUAUUGGGAGACCUGCUGUUUUCUGAAGCAGAGUUUGAUAAACGCAUGAAAGAAGUUCUGAGACGUUCUAAAUGGUUAAUUGACCCACCUUCGUUGUUUCAUCGUGGAGACAGAAUACCGAAGACUGAGAAUUCUGAAAUAUCGGGAAAUGGAAAAAAUGGACAGGAAGUAUUGAGAAGAAUAUCUGAAAUUCAUAAAGACGCUGUAACUGAAUACUAUGUUUCUCCAACUUCUGGAGCUCUUUUACAUAAUCGAAAGUCUCUUACCGAACCGCAAACCGUUUAUUACUACGAUACUUUUAAAAGGCAAGGGGACCUGUUUACUGAAGGCUAUGGGCAGGAGAAUUUAAACGAGGCACCAGAAUCUAACGGCGAAUCGGGAGACUUAUCAAAAGCUUCUGAAACUAUGGCAGAAACUUUGAUUCCUUUGACUUCUACAUCUCAACCUCUUCCUCCAAUGGUUACUGAUAAACCGUUUUCUCCUUAUCUCAAUCGUCCUGAUUCUAUUGAAUCAUCAGAUUCUAAUGACAAACUGUCCGUGCUUCCUGUGACUCCAACAAAUGGUCUGAAGAUUACUGAUGAACCGCUGUCUCGUUAUCGUCGUCAUCCUACCGAAGCACCAGAAACUAGUGACAAAGAAACUUUCGACUCUGCUGAAGUUCCUGACGAUGACGUUACUGACGAUUAUGAUGAAGUUACUGAAGAGGACGUUACCGACAAUUAUGAAGUUACUGGAGAGGACGUUACUGAAGUUACUGACGAGGAGGACGAUAUGGAUAUUAUAUUGGCCUUUACACCUGAAGGUUUAGCCAUAAAAUUGGAAAUAAGUUAUGAAAUAGAAGAGCCCCUUAAACGUCUUCACGAAGUUUUAAAGGAAUCAAAUCUAACUUUAAACUUCCCGAUAGAUUCGGAAAAUGAUCUUGAACCAGUUGGCGAUGAUAUUGUUCAACUUGGCAUUGCAACUGAUCGUCCUUUCUUUUUUCGUAUUGUUAUAUCCAAAGAUGACACAAUGGAAUCUGUUGUGAAGUCUCUAAAAGAACUCAAAGAUACGAAUUUUCCAGAAACCUAAUACUACAGGUGGUUAAAUGGAAGAUCAGAUUUCUACGAGAGGAUUGUUUUCUUGGACUUGCCUUGCAGAGAACUUUUGCUGAAUUUCGCAUGUAUAAUUUUCUGUUAGACUGUUUGUUUUUAUUGUUGAACAAUAAAUGCUAUUGUUGCUAAUGCUAA